GGAAGACGACGCAUCACCAGCCAUUGACAGCGCUUCCGAUUGGACUCUUGGUGGUGUCGGUGUCUUUUAGUCACCUGGUCCAAAUUCCUAUACUCUUGUUCAAACAGGCAUGUGUAAGCAGUAGUCCGUUCGCACGUUAGCAUACACUAUUCGUGAAAGCUUGCGGUCCUGCUUGGAACAGUCUCCGCCCAAUCCCUGGAGUUGCCGUUCGAUUCCCUACCUCAAUAAAUUUUUUUUUCCUUUCGUGUUCACCAUGCUGCAACCUCGGUUGGCCUUGACUGGCCUCCGUCUUCCGUUUAGAUGUCUGUCUUCGGUGUCGUCUAGGUGCUACUCAACAGUCGUACAUGCAAAAGAGACUCCUCCGCCGGAGGAAUCAUCGACAUCAGCUUUCGACCCGAGCAUUGCCUUUGCUCCACCUCCUACUCGAGAUGAUGCGGGCGUUCUCAUUCGAUCCUAUAAGCCCCGGACCCCCGGUAUCCGGCAUUUGCGGAGGCCAAUUAACGACCACCUUUGGAAAGGACGACCAAUACAAAAGUUGACAUUUCCCAAGCGGGGGCAAAGUAAGGGUGGCCGGAACAACACAGGCAGGGUAACGAUCCGGCACCGUGGUGGUGGUCACAAACGCCGUAUUCGAAUGGUCGAUUUUGCGCGCGAUGCCCCCGGUCCGCACUUGGUGGAACGGAUUGAACAUGAUCCUGGACGAAGUGCUCACAUUGCUUUAGUCCGCAGCCAAGAAACCCAGCGCCUGAGCUACAUUCUGGCCGCGGAAGGAAUGAGAGCUGGGGAUGUUGUGCAAAGCUACAUGUCUGGUAUUCCGGAAGAUCUGUGGAAAAGUAUGGGAGGUGUCGUGGAUCCUGGUGUGCUCGCAGCGAGGACCGCUUGGAGAGGCAACUGCUUGCCAUUGCACAUGAUCCCCGUCGGUACACUGAUAUUCAAUGUCGGCUUGCGGCCGGGUAAGGGAGGCCAACUCUGCCGGAGCGCCGGUACAUUCGCAACCGUGAUUGCAAAGGGCAGCAAUACGCAGGCUGCACAGAACGAGGCUUUUGCUCGAGAACAAGAUGGAGCUGAGGAGAAGAAGCCCUUGUCACAGCGCGAGCAGCAAAAGCAGGAACGCAUUGCGCAGCAUAUUACCAUUCGUCUACAAAGUGGUGAAGUCCGGUUGAUUCAUAAGGAUUGCUGCGCCACCGUUGGUGUUGCCAGCAACCCGAACUAUCAGUACACCCAGCUCGGAAAGGCCGGCCGAUCGCGCUGGUUGAACAUCCGUCCCACCGUUCGUGGUCUUGCUAUGAACGCCAUGGACCAUCCUCAUGGUGGUGGACGAGGCAAGUCCAAGGGUAACGUUCAUCCCAAGAGUCCUUGGGGUCUUCCGGCGAAAUCUGGCUAUAAGACUCGCCCCAAGUGGAAGGUCAAUAAGGCUGUGGUUGUCCCCCGAAUCCGUAACCAGGGCAAGCGUCGCAGAGGAUACAGCUAAACAUAGCGCUGUUCGUUUUUCAUCUCUUUCUCACCCUUGCUUGCAAGUGUAACUAUGGUACCUUUUGUGGAUGGUCUCCAAAACAGCGCCAAUGCUGUUCAAACCACUAUUGCUUUCAUGAUGUUUUGCGAGGAUUCUUUUUUCUAGUUGUACCUGCUUUUUCUUGGGAUGGGCAUGGAGAUGACCGGUUCGUUCAAUCUUGUACUAUACAUCAACUCUACAUGGGCCCGUAGGGUGUAUGAUCUGGGAUGCUCUACAUGUCUCUCUUGUGACCACGUUUCUCCGACGCUGCUUGUUUGAUCUAUACCGCGGCGUUGUGUUUGUAAUAUAUGCAUUCAGUGUCUAGAAGUCAUAGGGGACUCAGGAAAGAGAUUCUUUAAGUAUAA